UCACGCGACGGCAUAGACGAACGACGCUUUGGCGCGCUAUUCAGUGCGCGGUUCGCGAAUAAAGCGUAGAUCCAAUUGCAAAAAAAUAAUAAUAAAAUAAAAUAUUAAUUCUAAACUAUGCCAAUAUGUUCGCGCAUGCAAUGCCAAUGACUGCGUCUGCGGCGGCAAUAACAAGCGCAACAACAGUAACAAUAGGAAGUGCGAACAACAACCUGAUGAGCAGAACGAAUCAACUUGUACUGGUGCGCCAUGGCGAGAGCGAGUUCAAUCUGAAGAAUCUGUUUUGCGGCUGGCACGAUGCGCCGCUCAGCGCGGGUGGCCUGGAAGAGGCCCGUAUCUUGGCCGCUGCCAAUUUGAACGAGGCCAACAUGGUAUUUGAUAAGGUCUACUGCUCGAAGCUGUGUCGAUCGAGGACAACGGUCGAAGCUAUAUUAAGCGAAAUGCAAUGCUCGUUUUUGCCAAUCGUGUCCGAUUGGCGACUGAAUGAGCGGCAUUACGGCAACCUGACAGGAAUCAAUAAGCGCGUGCUGGCCAAUCAGUAUGGCGAGGAGCAGGUACAGUUCUGGCGACGCAACUACGACGGCUUACCGCCGCCCAUCAAUGAGUCGAAUAUCUAUUACUACCAGAUCGCCAAUAAUCCUGCCUUUUUGGAUGUACCACCCAAUGAAUUUCCCCUCACCGAAUCCAUGCGCAUGUGUGUGGAUCGUGUCGCCCCCAUUUGGUUAGAGAUCAAAAAAGAAGUCCUGAUGGGGACACGUAUCUUGCUCGUCGUCCAUGGAACCGUUGCCAGAGCUCUGAUUAAGCAUAUCGAAGGUUUCUCCGAAGAGCAAAUCGAAAAGGUCAACAUUCCCAAUAGUGUGCCAAUUGUAUACGAGUUCAAUAUGAAGUCCGGACAGCUCGUUGGGGAUGUCAAAUACUUGGGCGAUAGCCAAUAUAUUGAUAAAAUGAAGAAGAAAGUCGCGGCUAUCGGCGAUUGAGAACAUCAUUUUCUUUCUGCACACUUUUGUAAAAACCUAAGUAUUUAAAAUUAAGACAAUAUUAUGUAAUAUUAAGUAUUUAUCCGA